GGCACCGGGGACAAAGCCAGUGGCGAAGGGAACCGCCUUAGCUGUGGGGCUGAACUCGGUUAAAAUCCACUGCCAGAACGAAGCCGUCUACCAGUACCACGUUACCUUCAGCCCUGAGGUGGAGUGCAGGAGCAUGCGCUUCGCUAUGCUGAAGGAGCAGCGGGCAGUGACAGGGGACGUGACCGCGUUCGACGGCUCCAUCCUCUACCUGCCCAUCCAGCUCCCCCAGCCUGUCAGCGUGAAGGCUCAGAGGAGGAGCGACGGGGAGGAGAUCACCAUCACCAUCCAGAUAACCAAGGUCCUCGAGCCCAGCUCGGAUCUCUGCGUCCCUUUUUACAACGUGGUUUUCCGGAGGGUGAUGAGAAUAUUAGGCAUGAAGCUUGUUAGGAGAAAUUUCUUUGAACCUGCCCAGGCCACCAUAUUACAGCAUUACAGGCUGCAGAUUUGGCCAGGAUACUCUGUCAGCAUCCGGAAGAAGGACGGCGGCCUCUUCCUCUUGGUCGACGCCAUCCACAAAGUCAUCCGCAGCGAUUCUGUCCUGAAUUUCAUGCACACCAUCUACAAGCAAGGCCUCAGCAGCUUCCAGGACGAGUGCACCAAGCAGCUGGUGGGCAGCGUGGUCAUCACCCGCUACAACAACCGCACCUACCGCAUCGACGACAUCGACUGGAGCAAGACCCCGAGGGACAGUUUCACCCUGGCCAGCGGCGAGGAGAUCACCUUUGUGGACUACUACAGCAAAACCUACGGGAUCACCAUCAGGGAGCUGGAUCAGCCGUUGCUUGUCCACAGGCCCAGGGAAAAACAGACACCGCAGGGGAGGAGUCGGCUGGACAUGGUACUGCUCGUGCCGGAGCUCGCCUUCAUGACCGGGGUCCCCAACAUAAAGAAGGACAGUCGAAUGGUGAAGGACGUGAUGCGGGAGAUGCUGCAGAGCCCCAGGCAGCACUACGCGCGUCUCACCAGCCUCCUGUGCAGGAUCAAGGACAGCCCGGAGGCCUCGGGGGAGCUGAUGCGCUGGGGGCUCAGCCUGAACCCGGACAUCCACAGGACCCAGGGCCGAGUCCUGCCCGCAGAGAGGAUCAACCUGCGGCAUAGCUCCUUCAUCCCUGCCGAGGACCUGACCUGGAACAAGGAGGUCAUGCGAGAAGCCUCCAUCUCGGCGAUCUCCAUGAAUUACUGGCUGCUGGUUUACCCGAAGCGCCUGCAGGGCCUGGCGAAGGAUCUGGUGGCUGCCAUGGAGAGCGUCUGCGGCCCCAUCGGCAUGCAUGUCAGCCCUCCCGCUUUGGUGGAGCUGAAGGACGACCGCAUCGAGACCUACGCCAAGACCAUCCGAAGCGUUUUGGGUAGUGAGGACAAGGUGCAGCUGCUCCUGUGCAUCAUCUCCAGCAGCCGGGAGGAUUUGUACGCGGCCAUCAAGAAGCUUUGCUGCGUGCAGACCCCGGUGCCCUCACAGGUCAUCAACGCGCAGUCCCUCACGGGCCAGCUGGGCAAGAUGAGGAGCGUGGUCCAGAAAGUCCUGCUGCAGAUGAACUGCAAGCUGGGCGGCGAGCUCUGGGGGGUCGACAUCCCCCUGAAACAGCUGAUGGUUAUCGGCAUGGACGUCUACCACGGCCACCGGAAAGGGAUGCGCUCUGUCAUCGGCUUCGUGGCCAGCAUGAAUCA